AUAUGCAGACCGCCAGUUUAGUGGAACAACCAGAAGAAUCGAAUUGUUAUUGCAGUUGGGCAAAUGAAAGAAGCUUAUUUUUUUAGUUUUAUGCCCGUAAUUUGUUGGCAAAAGGUUAAGCACUUCCUUCUCAGUCGAACAGUGUCAUAUUGGAAGUUGUGAGGGCCCGUCGAUUGAAUUACUUCCUACUCUCUCAUCCACAGAACCUAAUAAGCAAAGCAAGAGAUUUAACUGAUCAGGCCCUGCAGCUUCUUCAAACAGCCACCGGCAUCUUAAACACAAGCACACAACACGUUUCCAAUGGUGAAAGCAACUACCAGAACGCUAGUGACCUUCUUAACGACUUAAAAACGCAUAUCAGCACUUUGGAGAACUCCCUAACAGUUACGGCACCAGAGUUAUCUGCUGCGAAUCAAAGUGUGAUGGAAAAUGCCACUAAACAUGCUGCUAAUCUCACUGCUGAAGCCAGACAAAGGCAAAGUGUGUUCAACACUACUCUGUCCCACGGAGCACGCGCAGUAGACGCUAUCAAAACAUUCGAAGAAGUGGUUGUACUGGGAAAUCAGUCACUGGAAACCUCGCAACAAGUCAACGAGUCUUUACAAGAAAUUAUGAACCGGCUGGAGAAUCUCACGCUAGUUAGCUCUGAUCUCCGAACAAGGGUUGUUACUUCUGAAGAUGAGAGCGAAACUCUCCUCAACAAUACUUUGAAAAGGGAUGCAGACUUACCAGGACUCCGUGCCAAUGUUUCCUCGUCAAAUCAGACUUACAUGAAUGCCGUUACGACUGGGACGUCAGUUGAUUCACUUUACAGCUCGUUACAAUCCAGCCGAGACUCCCUGGACCAAGCUGCAGAAGUCGGAAACAGUCCCCACUCCAUCGUGUCUGAUGCCCAGUCUUCUAGCGAUUACAUCGACGAGGCAAUAUACCGCUCGGAUCCAGUGAACAAUGGAGCACCAGCCCUAUUGGAUCAAGUGAACAGACUCGAGCAGAAAAUGCAGUCCAUUAAUGAAUCAACCGAGAGGGCUGCAGUGCUGACCAUUCAGGCAUUUGAAAAUGUGCAAAAUGUUAGUCGAUCAUUGGGGAGCGUGGACAGUAAAGUGCAGGAAGCGGACAGACUCAAGAAUAUAACAGCAAACUUACAAGCACAAUUGAGACAAAAUAUGUCAGCUCUAGAGGAAAAGCUGAGGAGAGCCAGAGAAUAUGUCGCCAAGAUUCGCCUUGCUUUGAAUGUUCAAGGAAGCACAACACUGCAAUACAGCCCUCCACCCCGCUUGAUCAACGAGACGAAGUACACUGAAAUCAGAAUGGAUUUCAGGGCUACACGGGUACAGGGCUCACUAUUUUACUUGUCAGAUGGAUCCAGUAGUGCGGCUCGAAGCGUGGCUGUUACUCUGGAGAGUGGCUCAUAUGUGAAGUUCCAGUACAACCUUGGUACAGGACCUAUUGACAUCAUCAACUGGGCAGUCAAAGUGCGGCCUGGGUACUGGUAUACAGCAUAUGCGACACGUUACGAGAAGGUAGGACGUUUGACGGUAACGGAUCACAGUAAGAACUUCAGCCGCACCUACGAGGGUACCACAAAUAUAAUCCCCGCAUUCCUAUCCACUGACUUCAGCAGUGAUGACCAUAUUCAUGUUGGAGGUCUUCCUGAUGGAGUUAUGAUAAACAAGACUGACCGGUAUUUUGACGGCUGUAUCGAUAACAUCGUGCUCAACCAGGAGAUCCUAAAUCUGUGGAACCCAGUCGAGGUGGAAGGCAAUCGAUCCUUCUGUUCCAGAAGGCCUCCCGUCCAGGUCGACCUAAUUCCAGGAAGCAGCUUCUUUGGUAUUCCAGAAGGACACGUGAAACAGAAGAUGGGAGAAUUUAACAUUAGUGGCGAGUCUGAAUUUGAGUUUGAGUUUAGAACGUUCCAAAAAACGGCUUUCAUCGCAAGUGUGUUGAACGGUCAGAAUUAUGUGUAUGGAGUGUACUUGAAUGACAGCAGAUUGGCAUUCUACUUUAAAACAGCCAAUCAAACGUACACAGUACACAGUAACAGCAGGUCGUACAGUGACGGACGGUGGUACAGAGUGCAUGUGGUGCGCGGUCUGAGGAAUGCUAGUCUGACGGUCAGACCUGUGGGUCCGUCAGACAGCGGUGCAGUCGAUCAAAAGACCAUAAUGACACCCACACCUGUCUAUCUUCCUGAAGGACAGUCGCUGCUCUUCGGUGGCAAGGAUCCAAACAGCCCAAUCAACGCUCCUGUAAGCUCUUCAUUUGCUGGGGCCCUGCGGUAUAUCAACAUUAGUAGCAACACAUCUGGAUCCCUUGUAGAGAGGCUACUCAACGACGCAAACUUUACACUGUCAUCCGAUGGAGUGAGCUUCUCUGGUUUGCUACCAGUGGUCGAGGAUGGUAUUCGAUUCCGAGGUGAAAGUUACGCUGCCGUGGAAACAGGUCAAUCAGAAAUGUCCUCACUGGAAUUCACCUUCAAAACACUUUCCCCAAGUGGUGUUCUUGUUUACAGUGGAGAGGGUCCGUAUUUCUACCUGGCACUUCUCCAUGGGAACCUUUUCCUGGUGCACACCACAGAUGUGACAACGUUCGUUCCCAUUGUAAGCGAGGGAGAGACACUUAAUGAUGGAGCCUACCAUACAGUGAAAAUCGAACUAGGAGUGGUUGGGAGCAAUGUAUUCCUUGAUGGCAAUGUCUUGUCAAUACCUGACGGGUUUCCCACAGGCACAGUUGGUCUCAAUGGUAGUUUAUGGAUAGGAGGUGUGGACGAAAGAACCGCCAUACCCAGGGCUUUUCCAAUUAUUAACGCGUUCCAAGGAGGAAUGAAUCUCCUCAGGUUGAAUGGAGAAAUUGUGAACAUCUUCUCAGGACGAAGCAAACGUGUGUCAUUGGCUGGAGUGUCACCUGAGCGAAACGUCAUACCAACGGCUCUUCCCACUACUCCACCCCCCACACUACCACCUCCCACUUGUGGCAGCCCGUAUCCACCCCUACGGAAUUCAUCUGGAGAAGAAGAAGCUCGGUUGGAAGGAGAUGAUUACAUCGCCUUUUUUGCAACUUCGGAAGUCUUAAACUAUACUAGAAACCGGUUUGUGAUCUCUGUCACGUUCCGUUCUCUUGUGCCGAAUGGAGUUCUUCUCUAUGCGACCAAUGACCUGCAGAAUCCGACUCACUUUAUCAGUCUGGAACUUGUUAAUGGCCGCUUGGUGUUCAAAUACAAUGCAGGAUAUAAAACAGUGAAAGUCAUGAGUACACUCAGCAGUUACGCUGAUGACGGACAAGAAUACAUGGUUCAGCUGCUAAGGAUUGAUCAGUUUGGCGCCAUGUUGGUUUCACAAAAUAACGACUACGCUAGGCAACGAGCAGGAGAGUUGAAACCCGCCAUGAUUAUCAACAGCCCUUACUACUAUGGAGGGGUACCACGGGGUACCAAUGUAUCAGUGUUCGAGAGCAAUGGAGUUGGUUUCAUUGGGUGUCUUGGAGCUCUCAUCAUUCAGACAGCUGACUCUCCAACCAAAGUCUUCAAUCCUAGAACUGACAGAGACGAGAGGGACUCGAACUACGACUACAAACCUUGUUACAGCGAGAUUCAAGCCCAGGCUGGUUUCUAUGGUGACGGCCACAUCGUGUAUGAUUCAAACUACACAUUGCCUGCUAAAACGGACAUAGAGAUUUUCUUCCGAAGCACCACUCGUUCCGGGCUCCUCUUGUCCAUUACCAACAGCUCGGGACCUGGGUCUGUUACCGUGGAGCAGCUGGAUGGGCAGAUCAUUCUCAUUUUCAACGAUGAACGCAACUCGUCGGUGAUUCGCUGGAUCGACCCAUCUAUUCCAGUCGACGGACAAUACAAUGCUUCCUUCCAUCUCUGUGAUAAUAAGUUUCACCGAGUUCUUGUCAAAAGGAACAUCAGUAGUGUCGAGUUAAAGGUGGAUGAUCACUCGCCAGUAGCUGGUGAGGUACCGUCUGGUUACACACUCGAGUAUGGAACCUUUCACAUUGGGGGUGUACCAGAUGGUUCUGGUUUUGAGACUCACAGUGGUAUGUCUCAUAAAGGACUCACUGGAUGUGUACAAAAACUGAUUAUUGACGGACAGUCGGCUAGCCUUAUAAGAAGUACACAGCUACAUAACGUACAGAAAGGCUGUAAUGCUCCUCGAUAAGCUCAGUGAAAGAGCCGUGAAGAGAGUGGCAAUUGAAACUAUUUUUAUACAUUUAAGUAGGAAGAGAACUUUUGCUUUUCGUAUUGAAUCGUCUACUAGGUUACCAUGUAAUAUAUUUACCUAAUGUGAAAUGAAAACUGCUUUUUCAGAAAUGAUAGCGAUCGUUUGUAAAAUGCUCCGAUUUGGUUACACAACAGUGAGUGAAUGCUCGCCCUACCAUGUUUUCCAGAAUGGCUCGAUUCAUACUAGACAAGGAUCAUCCCUCCAGACGAAUUAUCCACGGUAGUUCGUCAGUCAGGAUUAACUACUGUAACAGUUCGCCUAAACGGAUGAUGCGUCACAGACGAAUUAUCAGACCAACCACUGGGGUGCUUACCAUUUAGCCAAAAAAUUCGGAAAUAACAGAGUUCCUCCAGAGGUAGUGCUCCUUUUUCUUUCAGAACGGAACGGCGGAAAUUUCUUAAUCAUUUACUAAAUUUUCCAGUUGCAGUCUCUCAUUAGCCGGAAACAAUUACGGGAGAUGGAUUGUAAAUGGUAAGCGCUAUCUUAUUCGGUUGGUUUGCUGAUUUUGGAAAAACCCUUACCAUUAUUCAACGGUCAUUCCAACCGGUGUAUUCUGAAAAAUGUUAAGCACCCCUAGUUUGUUUUUUGUUUUUUGUUUUUUGUUUUUUGUUUUUCAAGUUUUUCCCAGACGGAUGAUCCGUCUCUAAUAUAAAUCGGGCUAUCAAAAAAAUGACCGUAUUGUUUAUUUAGCUAAUAUAUUGUAUUUUACUUGACUUUUUCUAAUCCGCUACCCGUUAGGUGAUCUUUACUUGACGAAAAAACGCUGAAGGUUUUGACCGUUAACGUAGCGCUUGAAUAAGGAUGUCACCAAUAUCGGUGAUUGAUUACAAGCUCCUUGGUACCUUGUUCAUCCAAUCAGAUUACUUUUGAAGUGUCUUAUCUAACGAUGCUAUGUAAAGCGUUAUUUCAAACUCCAAGUCGAUUUGAUAGUUCAGCUGCAAUUACUGUAAACGAGGUAAAUCAUUUACUAACUUUAUUUGAGUAGAGUUUGUAAAAAUCUACUGCGAUAAUCGGCCGUAUUUAAUUUGUUGGAAAUCUGCGUGAGUCUUGCCAAAUGCUUGACAGUGUGUAUGUUGUUUGAAAAUAAAUAAAACAACAAUUCAACUAA